GAGCGUGGGGCUGAAGGGGCGGCGGGAUGGACGCCGAUUACCCCGCCUUCGAGACCCCGCUCUGCGGCGAGCUCAAGCGCUUCUGCCGCACGGUCAAGGAGACCUACAAGGAGAUCAGCGAGGACCUGACCCCCUACAAGGAUGAUCGCUACUACCGGUUAGCACCAAUGCGAUUGUAUACACUGUCCAAACGACACUUUGUCUUGGUCUUUGUUGUAUUCUUCAUUUGUUUUGGUUUGACAGUCUUCAUAGGAAUUGCAGGUCCUAGUGUAAUUGAAUCCACUGCAGUAACAGCUACAUUGAGUAACAUAAAGAUGAGGCCAUUUAAAUUAAAUUCAAAACCAUUGUCUACUUAUAAUCAGCAGCUGUGGCUGACAUGUAUGAUUCAGCUGGAUCAGCCUGACGAAUCCAGCUUCAAAACAAAUGUUACUAUAACAGUUAAAAUACGUGGUGUAGAAGAAAAUGGAAGUUCAUCCUUCAUUAAGAAACAAGUUUACAAUCGGACGAGAAUGCUGAACUGUGCACAAAAAUGUGCCGAAAUCAUUGUGGUUCACCUUGGCUACCUGACUUACACUCAGUACGAAGUCAUUGUUGGUUUUGAGAAUCUGAAUAAGCUGAUGUACCCCAUCAAGAAUGUGAAUUUCACAUGGAAAACCUACAACCCAUCUUUUUCACAAGUGGAAAUCUGGUUCCGGUUUGUCUUUGUAGUUCUUACUUUCAUGGUCACUUGUCUGUUUGCACAUUCUCUCCGGAAAUUUUCCAUGAGGGACUGGGGAAUUGAACAGAAAUGGAUGUCCAUCCUCCUUCCCCUGUUGCUGCUUUAUAAUGAUCCAUUUUUCCCCCUCUCAUUUUUGGUGAAUAGUUGGUUUCCUGGAAUGCUUGAUGACCUCUUUCAGUCUGUGUUUCUGUGUGCAUUGCUGCUGUUCUGGCUCUGUGUCUACCACGGGAUACGAGUGCAGGGAGAAAGGAAAUGCUUAACGUUCUAUUUUCCCAAAUUCUUUAUCGUUGGGCUUCUGUGGUUGGCCUGUGUUACAUUAGGAAUAUGGCAAACUGUUAAUGAACUACAUGAUCCAACAUACCAGUUCAGGGUUGACACAGGUAAUUUUCAGGGAAUGAAAAUCUUCUUCCUUGUGGUGGCAACUGUAUAUAUUUUGUACCUUUUGUUCCUGAUAGUGAGGGCAUGUUCAGAGCUUCGCAACAUGCCUUAUGUUGAUCUCAGGUUAAAAUUCUUGACUGCAUUGACCUUUGUAGUUCUUGUCAUUAGCAUUGUUAUACUUUAUCUACGCUUUGGAGCACGAGUUCUACAGGACAACUUUGUAGCUGAGCUGUCAACUCAUUAUCAGAAUUCAGCAGAAUUCUUAUCAUUCUAUGGUUUACUCAACUUCUAUCUCUACACUUUAGCCUUUGUGUAUUCCCCAUCAAAGAAUGCACUGUAUGAGUCACAGUUGAAAGACAAUCCUGCCUUUUCUAUGCUGAAUGAUUCAGAUGAUGAUGUGAUUUAUGGGAGUGACUAUGAAGAAAUGCCACUUCAGAAUGGUCAAGCUAUUAGAGCCAAGUACAAGGAAGAAUCAGACAGUGAUUGAGUUCAUGUGGAAGAGACUUGCUUAUGAAAAUGAAAGUGAUCUUGAGGUUUUUCCUAGAUGACCACUUCCUUGACUUUCUUAUGAGUCUGCUUUCAACUGAACACUGUCUCCUUGGGAAGGACUUCCUAUUUAUUUCUGUUUACAGAGUUAAAACAAAACUGAAGGAAAAAUGGAAAUGCUUGAAAAGAUUGUGGUGGAGGCUUCUAAGAAACCAAAUUCGUUCUUUACACUAGGUUUAGAAAAUGUCACAUACAGGAUUUCUGUGGAAAACAGACUGCUAAAACAAUGAGGUUUUCAGAGUCUGGUUCCAACUAAGUGUGUCACUGAUUAUAUGCUGAUUUAAAA